CACGCUCACUUUCUAUUCAUUUUUUUGAGGCUGCGAGCAUGGUCCGCGGGGUCGAAAAAAACGAGAUGUCGACGCCUCGUCCCUCACAAAAGAAGCAGCCACCGUCGAGCUCACAAUCGGCGAAGGGCCAGAAGUCCAUCCUCGGCUUCUUCCAAAAGAAGUCGACCAACUCACCAAGUCCGGCAUCCCAACCCACACCAACAAGACAAAUGCCAACGCCCACAGUAUCGAAGAAACCGUUCUCUCGUCCACCUCCGGCCCUCACACCAGUUGCUAACAGCGAUGCACCUGAACCCUCGAGCCCAAUCCGUGAAGAAGAGGAAGAUACGCCGAUAGCUACGGGGAGAAACAAGGAGAUUGGUCUGCCCUCUCGCGUAUCUACACCAGGAAUAGAAACUGGCCGUGUUGCUUCAGAGAUUGCAGGUGUUGCUCUCGGCAGCCCGUCUCGCAAGAACAGGAAAGCUGUCAACUAUACCGAGUCUGACGAGGACGAAGAUGCUGUUCUCGGACCGGUUACAAACAAUUCGAGGGCAAGGGCUACAAAGCGACAAAGAUUGAGCGCAGAGGACGACUCAGACGAUGAGUUUGGCUUGGACGCUGCGACACAGGCAGCUAUGGUUGAAGAUGACAUUGACGAAUUCAUUGCCCCAGAUGACUCUGAAGAGGAGGUUGUCUCGAUGAAACGCAAGCGACCAACGUCCUCGAAGCCUAGCACGAAAGCCACGCCUGCGUCCUCGCCACCACAAGUUCGUGUCUACAAGGAGGAAAACGAAGAUAUCGACGCUGCUAUGACCGGCACCUCGACGGCACAGCAGUGGGUGUAUGAUCCUGAAAACCCUAUGCCGCCAAAGCCUCGGUCAGCAACUCAAGAUACGAAGAAGAAGACUAAAGUCAAGGAGAAGCCAUCUCAGUCUGAACCUGAGAAGCGGUACACGUGGCUUGCGAACAUGCAGGAUGCCGACCGCAACCCCCUAGACCACCCUGAUUACGACCCUCGCACUCUGUACAUCCCGCCUGGCGCUUGGGACAAAUUCUCGCCAUUUGAGAAGCAGUACUGGGAAAUCAAGUGCAAGUUCUGGGACUCAAUCGUCUUUUUCAAGAAGGGCAAGUUCUACGAGCUCUACGAGAAGGAUGCGUCUGUGGGCCACCAGCUAUUUGAUCUCAAGCUGACUGAUCGAGUCAACAUGCGGAUGGUCGGUGUGCCGGAAGCCUCGCUGGAUAUGUGGGCCAGUCAAUUUGUAGCCAAGGGUUACAAGGUCGCUCGCGUAGACCAGAUGGAGUCAGCCUUGGCCAAGGAGAUGCGCGAACGCGGUGGUGAUCAGAAGACUGCGGCGGGCAAGAAAGCCGACAAAGUCAUUCGACGAGAGCUGGCCUCCGUUCUCACAUCUGGCACUCUUGUGGACACCGGCAUGCUUCAAAACGAGAUGUCGACCUACUGUAUGGCCGUGAAAGAGAUCGACCGCAUUGGUCUCCCUGCCUUCGGCGUUGCCUUCGUUGACACUGCGACCGCCCAAUUCCAGCUGUGCGAGUUCACCGACGAUGUUGACAUGACCAAGUUCGAGACUUUGAUUGCGCAGAUGCGACCUGGCGAGCUCCUCAUUGAGAAAUCGUGCAUUUCAGCAAAGGCUUUGCGGAUUCUUAAGAAUAAUACCCCACCAACAACACUCUGGAACUCGCUGAAGCCGACUAAGGAGUUCUGGCCUGCAGACAUAACGAUGCGUGAGAUCGAAGCCAACAAGUAUUUUGAGUCACCGACAGAAGACGAUAUCGAAGCUUGGCCGCCUGUGCUCCGUGAGGCACGAGAGCAAGAGCUAGUAAUGUCAGCUUUUGGUGCCCUUCUGCAGUACCUGCGGACUCUGAAGAUUGAACGCGAUCUUGUCACAUUAGGCAACUUCCAGUGGUACGAUCCCAUUCGCAAAGCUACGAGCUUGGUACUCGACGGACAGAGCUUGAUCAACCUUGAGAUAUUCGCCAACAACUUCGACGGAUCAAGUGAGGGCACACUGUUCGCCAUGCUGAAUAGGUGCAUCACACCUUUUGGUAAGCGACUGCUCAGGCAGUGGGUGUGCCAUCCUCUUGCAGACGCACAGAAGAUUAAUGCUCGUCUCGAUGCUGUUGAUGCGCUCAAUGCCGACUCCACCAUCAUGGACAAUUUCAGCUCUUCGCUUAGCAAGCUGCCUGAUCUCGAGCGCCUUAUCUCGCGGGUCCAUGCUGGUCGCUGUAAAGCACAAGACUUUCUGAAGGUCCUCGAAGGCUUCGAGCAGAUCGAAUAUACAGUCGGCCUGCUCAACCAGCUGGGUGAUGGCGAAGGCGUCAUUGGUCAGCUGAUGGCAUCGAUGCCAGAUCUCGCCGGCGCUUUGGAGCAUUGGAAGACAGCGUUCGACCGCAAAUUGGCAAAGGAGGAAGGUAUUCUGGUACCGGCGCCGGGGUUUGAGGAGGACUACGACGAGAGUCAGAAGGCCGUUGACGAAUGCCUUGCUAACCUCGAGAUUUUACUGAAGAAGGCUCGCAAGGAUCUCGGCAAUAACUCCAUCUGCUACCGCGACAAUGGCAAAGAAAUCUACCAGCUCGAAGUACCCAAGAAGACGAAGGUACCAAACACGUGGGAUCAAAUGUCGGCUACUGCAAAGGUCACCAGGUACUAUUCGCCAGAGCUUCGAAAGCUCGUGCGAGCUCUGCAGGAAGCCACGGAGACACACAGUCAGAUCACCAAGGAGGUUGCCACUCGCUUCUGUACCAAAUUCGACGAAGAAUACGCAACAUGGCUUGCCGCUGUCAAGAUCAUCGCGCAACUGGAUUGCUUGAUCAGUUUGGCCAAAGCGUCUGCUUCGCUCGGGGAGCCUAGCUGUCGGCCAGAAUUCACAGAGCACAAGCGUUCUGUGAUUGACUUUGAGAAGCUUCGCCAUCCAUGCAUGCUCAACACUGUGGACGACUUCAUUCCGAACGACAUCAGACUGGGGGGAGGAUCGCCAAAUAUCAGUCUGCUGACCGGUGCUAACGCUGCGGGUAAAUCCACCAUCCUCAGAAUGACUUGCAUUGCGGUCAUUCUCGCUCAAGUUGGAUGCUACCUUCCCUGCACAUCUGCGAAGCUUACUCCCGUCGAUCGCAUCAUGUCACGCCUUGGUGCCAACGACAACAUCUUCGCAGCUCAGUCUACUUUCUUUGUUGAGCUUGCAGAGACACAGAAGAUUCUUUCGGAGGCCACGCCACGCUCGCUUGUCAUUCUUGACGAGCUUGGCCGGGGCACAUCGUCUUAUGAUGGUGUCGCAGUUGCACAGGCUGUACUCCACGACAUCAGCACGCGCGUUGGCUGCGUAGGCUUCUUCGCGACACACUACCGGUCACUUGCGAAAGAAUUCGAGGCACAUCCCGAAGUUGUCAACAAGCGCAUGCGCAUUCAGGUCGACGGCGACUCGAAGUCGAUCACCUUCUUAUACAAGCUCGAAGAGGGUGUCGCUGAGGGCAGCUUUGGUAUGCACUGCGCAGCUAUGUGUGGUAUCCCAAACAAGAUCAUCGAGAACGCCGAGCAAGCCGCUCGUGAGUGGGAGCACACUUCCAGACUCGGUGAACGCAUGGAGAUCAACAAAGAUGAUGGCGGUGUAUACGUGCCUCUCGGGGUGCAAAGUGAUGUCGCAUGGGCACUCCGCGAGGGCCUUGAGGGUGUCGGCGACCGCACGCUUGAUGUGUUGCUUGAGGCCAUCGCUGCCUUGUAGGUAAUUCAGCGUUUCAGAUGUUGUACGAUCAAGGGACCAGCAGCUUUCUUCUCGCGCUGUGUAAGGAUCUCUUCAGGGCGCAUCGGUGUUCAUGUCUGGUAUGUUAUAUUGGGCUUUGUGUUUACACAGCGUCGUACCUGCACUUUCUUUGUGAUCAGGACGUGGUGUCAAUACAAGCAGCUAGAAAUAUCGUUAAAUACCAAAUGAAGAGCCGCAUCUCAUGUCCCC